AUGUCUAUGGUUGUACUAUCAAGCUGCAUUAAGUUUAAAAGAAAACAAAAUAACAUGGAGACGUCGCUUUUAUCCUUUUUUAACUAAGCAGUUUAUUUAAGAAAAAAUGCGGAAGUAGCUAAAAUAGUAGAAAAGGCGUGGCGAUGUUGUGUUGGGGGCGGAGAAAUAGUACUCGUCUGUUGGGUGAACAUUAAAAAAAAAGAAAGAAAAGGUGGUCGGGCCACAGCUGGGUGUUACCGAAGAACUAUGCCUCCAGUGAAGAAGGACUCUUCAUAAGACCAUCAUACUCAAAAGAGGAAAAUAAAGUUAGACAGUGACAAAGGUCCCAACUAGGAAGUAAGACCAGUACUGACCAGCCAUGAAUGACUCCAAGCACUGCACAGUGGGAGUGCAGCUGCAAACCACCUAUGACUGUCACAGGACUACCUAUAUUCGCCAGAUUGGCUUGAAAACAUUGCGGGACCUCUCUGCCAAUGAUAUGCUGCUUUUGCAGCUGCGAACAGGGAUCAUGAGCCUCACUGGAGAGGACACUGUGUGUUUUCACCAUGAGAAGGUCUACAUUGACCGUUACGAGGACAUGCAAAGAAUCUGCUGCGAUCCCUUCAACAUGCACAAGAAAGGCAUUAAGAGAAAUCUCCACAUUAUCGAUGUUGAUGAAGCUAUGCUCCUCAGCGACAAGUUCUCACAGCAGUUUGUACCUGGCUGGAAACUGUGUUACCGUUGUGCGCGGCUGGUAUUUGGCUCCAUUGAUCUUGACUACGAGGCAAGGAAAACAAAACGACUGAAUAGUGAAGGACGAACAGCAAAAGCCUUAAAGUCUCUCCAGUUUGCAAAUCCUGGACGCCAGACUGAGUUUGCUCCUGAAUCCUGUAGACGAGACAAGAGAAGGCAGCAGCCCAAAGCCUCUAGCAAUGCAGACAGACAGACAAUUAACUCGAAGAGCAAAGUAUAUGACAGCACAGGACUACUGAUUACAAGUGGUCUUGAUCUCUGUGACUGCUUAGAUGAAGACUGCCUUGGCUGCUUUUAUCCCUGUCCACAGUGUAAAUCCCGGAAAUGUGGUGUGGAAUGCCGAUGUGACCGCAAGUGGCUAUAUGAGCAAGUGGAGAUUGAGGGUGGUGAAAUUAUUCGAAAUAAACAUGUGAACUAAGUUAAGUGCCUGUCUUCUACCUGACACCUGCAUCUCUGACUGCUUCUGCUGCUCCGAUUAAAAAAAAAAAUGGUUGUCACACUUUUGUAUUUGCUUUUUAACUGUUCUUUAACCCUUUGUGUUCAACACCUGAAGCUCAACUAUUUUAAAUUUAGUUUUCAGAUUGACUUUUUAAGUUUUCCAUACCCCAUUGUUUGGAGUGAUAUAGCUGGAAAGUUUUAUUUUUGCCAUUUGGAUGUACAUACUAUUUGAGAUCUAGCCCCAAAUGUUAAUUUAUUCCAUGUUUUUGAAUUGCAAAUGUGAAGUAUUUAUGUAAUCUGGGAAUAUAAAUAAAGGUAAUUUUUGUAUGU